AUCAGAGACGGCGCGUGCAGGCUGGCAGGCAGGCUGGAGGAGCAGAUCGCUGAGGGGCGUCCUGACAGUAGGUGGGGAACCUGUUCACCAGCUCCACGCGCGUUCCGCUCCGCUCCGCCGCUCCACGAGCUGUGAGCAACUCGGGCACCAAACUCGGACACAAAGCUCGCCCUUGAUUCAAAAAACUUUUUGUUUUCCUUCAGAGGAGCAGGGGGGGGGAGGACAUCUUCGCUGCCCGUGCGCGCUGGCGAUGUCCGGAUCGUACUGCAAAAGUUUGUACCCGUUCAGCGGGGAGCAGCACCAGCAGGGACUGAGCUUCGAGGCUGGGGACGUUAUUAAGGUGGUCCAGGCUCUGCCCGGAGGCUGGUGGGAGGGCGAGAGGGAUGGAGCUAGAGGAUGGUUCCCUUCAAGUUAUGUCCAGGUGUUGGAGAGCACCGCAUCUCUGAGUCAUCUCUCUGUUGAGGACCUCAGAGAACCCCUGCCACCUCUCUGGAAAUGCUACAUGUCUCCACAAGGGCGGCGAUACUACGUCAACACCACAAGCAAUGGUAAGAGUCAGUAAAUUUAGGUGGGGUUA